ACAAGGGAGAUCGCAAACGCUUUAGCUUACCUUCACACGGCGUUUUCAAGAACUCUAAUCCACAAAGAUAUACAACCUUGCCAGAUUUUCUUGAAUGAGAAUGGAACAGCAAAGUUGGGUGAGUUUUGCAACUGUGUUUUCAUUCCGCAAGGUGAAACAUUCGUUAAAGAUGAUGUAGUGGAAGGGACAUAUGGGUAUCUUGAUCCUAACUAUGUGUCAAAGGGUUUGGUCACUGAGAAGACUGAUGUUUACAGCUUUGGUGCGCUUAUGUUUCUUCUUUUAACUGGAAAAAUACCGCAACCAUUUGUUUGGACAGGCCAAGAUUAUUUGGUGGAAGAUCCAGAACGUUUGUCUAAAUUAGUCAAUGAUGGGAAAUUUGAUAAGGUUGUAGAUAAAUACAUGUUGGUUGUUCAUGAAGGUAGAGACAUAGAGCAAGAGCGAUUGCAAGUCAAAGCAUUUCUUGAGCUCUCUUUGAGAUGCAUCGGUCGUCAUGGGGAUGUUCCAAAGAUGAUUGAAGUGGCUAAAGAACUUAAAAGGAUUGAGCGGUCGAGAAAUGUAUCCUGUCUCCUAUAUUUAGCCAAAGAAACAGUUUUAACAUUUACUUAUUAAUC